UUGUCGCCAGUCGACUCUCGGGGAGCAACGCGGAUCAACCAUGAGGGGUUUUCAUUUCAAACCAGCGGCUCGAGCUUUAAAAGAAAUGGGCACCAUGGAAGAAUCCUCUUAUCCACCGGUGCGGCCGCUGGUGCCUCUGGCGGCCGCUCAGCCUGUGCACGCUCAUGCACCUGAUGACCUCAUACUGCGAGGGUAGCUGGAGCGAUCCUCCCUGGAGGAGACGUUAGGACCCUCCUCCUCCUCCUCUUCAUCAUCAUCAUCAUCAUCCUGCCUCCAACUGGCACAGAGAAGAGUGUGAGAGCCUGAACGAGGGAACGUGGGAAACUGGGAGACGAUGUACCAAACGCUGCUUCUCUCCUCCUCCCUCUUCAUCCUGCACGUGAUGGCCACUCCCCACUUCCUCGCUCAUCACCACGGGAGAAGGGUGUGUGGCCGAGAGCUCCGGCACAGCGUUGUCAUGGCAACGGAGUCCUACGUACAACCGGUGCACAAGCCCUACAUCACCCUGUGUCAGGGGCAUCGCCUCUGCAGCACAUACAAGACUGUGUACUCUGUGGCGUACCGACAGGUGAGCAGAGUGACGUCUCCUUCACAUUUCUACCCAGAAUGCUGCCCGGGCUGGAGGAGGUUUCACUCUCACAACUGCAACCAAGCUGUGUGUCCACAGUCCUGUAUAAAUGGAGGCACCUGCUUUAAACCCAACCAGUGUGCUUGUCCGCUGGGCUGGACGGGCCAACAGUGUCAAUCAGAUAUGGAUGAGUGCAGUGAACAGAGGCCGUGCGCGCAGGAGUGCGUGAACACAGCUGGCAGCUAUCGGUGCGCGUGCAGAGACGGCUUCAGGCUCGCCUCAGACGGCCGCUCCUGUCAAAGCCUUCCUCCCUCUCCACAUCCUCCUCCUCCUCCUCCUCCUGCUGCUGCUGCACCUUCCUCUCCCACUCAAACCAGUCAGGGAACAGUGGGUGGUCACACGGACGCAGGUGGACAAUUAAACCUGGUGGAGAAUGUGACAGAGGAGGUGCAGAGCCUGAGGAGCAGAGUGGAGCUUCUGGAGAAGAAGUUGCAGUUGGUCCUGGCCCCGUUCACCAGUGUCUUCCCGCUGUCGCUGGACGAGGGCAUGUCGGAGAAAACCACCUUACUCUCGCACUCCUUCCAGCAACUGGACCGCAUCGACUCCCUCAGCGAGCAGAUCGGCUUCCUCGAGGAGCGCCUUGGCACAUGUUCUUGUCAGGAGAAUUAACCACAGGACACGACCAUCAUCAUCAUCAUCAUCAUCAUCAUCCCCCCCAGAAAACAUGAUACAAACUUGGUUACGAGCACCAGAGCGUGCGGGAUGGCACUCGCUCUGUGUUAACACUGUGAUGCAACCGUGACAUAAAUCAUCUGCCAUUUCAUUUUGCUCAUCCCCCCCAAAAAAAGGUUAAUUCACCUCUCUCGUCGAAUCAUCGUCAAAUCCGUAACCAGAGUCGCUCUCACCCUUACGUCAUCGCCGUAACAUCAAGAUCAAACGGCACAGGGGUCAAAGGUUAAACUGGCCACUUUGUUUCUGUGUUUGUUUGUUUUUUCUUUUUUCUUAUCAGUGCAGCUGUGCCCCUCAGUCUGAGCCCCACACUGUGCUGGGGAAGAUGUGGACUGUAUCGGUAUUUAUCUAUUUAAAUUAUGAUAACUUUCUGUUAUUUCUCAGUGCUCCAUUACACACUUUCUUGUUUUUUUAUACCUAGUUUUGUAACGUUUUGUAAUAAAAAGCUUUAAUUGAAA